CUCUAAGGUUUACGAGUUUGUUGCUGUAAACAAAUAAUACAAAUAAUAAACAACUCUCGGAAAUGGAGGUUGGACAAGCAAAUGAGUGCGAUAGAUUGGAAUUGCAAAAAUCAAAGCGAGUCCUGUAUUUUAGUGAUGGAGCGAUGGAAGAUUUUUCCGAUAGUGAGGGCGAAGAAACAGUGGAUACUGCAGAUAUGAAUGUUGAUAUAGAUGUUAAUGACUUGCCAACGGUACCACGCAUCAAAUAUAUGGUAUACCAAGCAGGCUGCAAAUUUUUGAACGGGAUUGAUUAUGUUGGUGGAGGCCUAGCUAAUUUUUUGGGAAUCACAUCACCAAAAUUUGUGAGCGAGUCUGAUAUUGAAGCUGUUUAUAAAAACCAAACUGAGAACGAGAUUAAGGAGGAGUCUAAUUCUACAUGGAAUCAUUGUAACAAUAAUAUACCAAAUACAGUCAUAACAAGGUACCCAGAGAACCAUACAUUCAAUGUAUAGUAAAUUUGUGUACCAUAAAUAGACGUCCGAAGUGCAACGGCUUUCUUCAAGUUGAAAACCACAUCAUGACUCAGAACCACAUCAGUAACAUUCAGCUUAGAUUCCUACAACAAUGUUCACGGUCUUAUGUUUAGAAUUUCAAGUAUUUGUAAUGCCAAAUAAAACAGUUUUUAAAAAUACCGUA